AUGUCAUUUGAUUGGUUUACUUAUUUGUCCGAGACCGGAGCUGAAAUUGCUCCUCCCAAAUUAUUCAAGCAUGUUGAGCGUAGCCUCGAAUCGGUUGUGCGGCCUGAUCAUACUCUUGAAGUGGAUUAUUCAUUCAUGCAGGAGCUUGAUGAUUGUCCUACUACAGCCGUCUGGUGGCCUGCUGAAGUCGUAUUAGUUUCUGGAUUCAUGAUCCGACUUCGGCUAUGUGAACCGGAAACUUACUUCAACCAUUCACACAGCAGACCUCGGCCGUUGACGUCUAAGCUAGCAUCUGUCGGAGAGUUCUGGUUUGAUACUAAAGGGCCAAAUUGGUCCGUGAUACGAUAUAUUAAACUUUCGGAUGAUCUACAUUCCUGGACAGUCCCGCACUUUAUUAGACCAUAUCUGAUUCCAGAUUAUUUGGAUGAAACAAAGAUAAAUUGGAUUGAGACUGAAUGGGGAAGAAGUGUCCAGAUGAGAAGUGCCCCUCGUAUCUUCUUUGAACAACGUGUUUUAUAUGCCUAUGAAUUGAUUCGUAUCGGUGGCUAUCUGGAGUGUGAGCAUGAACUAGACCCAAAUUGUGUGUGGCCCGUUAAAGUUAUGCAGAAUUGGGGGGGUCGUGUGCAUCUUGAAUGGUUUGGUGCGGAUUCCCGUCGGAGUUCUAGUUCAAGCUGGGCUUCUGUACAAAAGAGUGCAUUUAAUGCGAACGAUGAAUGUGGAGCUUCUCACGAUUUACCCAAUAAGGAUUUAUCUAAUCUAUCUUCCCUAUCAUCGACCAGUUUUACCCUAUUUUACUUGCAUCGUAGAUUGCACCCAAUUGGCUGGGGAAAAUCAUAUGCUCUGCGUUAUUGCCCACCCACUGGCCUCUAUCUAGAUAGAUCCAUCUCAAACAUUGAUGCAUUUAUUCGAACAGCUCCUCUGGCGAUUUGCUCGCCAGCAAUUUUCGAAAAUAUUGCCGACACCCGCCUUUUGCGGUUUGGUCAUCCUUCUUUUAAUGAGGAGCCUUUUCUACAUGAGUUCAAAGUGGGAUGGAAACUGGAAGCCGUUAAUCCUCGCAACCCUAGUGUUAUUCAGCCUGCUACUGUCGUUAAAGUGAGCCUUUGCUAUUUUUGA